AUGGCGGAGAAAGGUUCCGGGUUGGAACUGUCAUCAGAAGCCCCAUGGCAGCGUGUUAAACAUCCUACGGCCAAUUUUUCUGCACUUUGUCUUUUCAGAAUCAAGAGGUAAGAGCUGUAAAUAUUUGGCAAUGAGAUUCGACUUUCCUCCCUUCUGAUCCUCUAAAGAUCAUCUGGAGUUUCACUUUAACUAGCACCUCGGCACUGAAAGACAGCUAGCUAGCGGCUGUGCAUACGACAGAUUGUCGAGAGAUCAAUGAUUCACUCUUGUGGGAGCUCAAACAGCUAUUUCCAUUUUAAGUUUUGACUGUCUGACAUAAGCUGUGCCCGUUACGAGCUUCAAUAAAGCGGCCAGCUGAUAGAAGAAUGAUUUAUUGUAAAUACUAAUAUUUGUUAUGCAGAGCGGUAAGUUUUGACAAGUAUUUUAGGAAACAACCCUUUAUAGCUUUCAGUGAAAAGGAAGAGCGACAUGUUUCUGUUUGUGGUGAAAAGUAUUUUAAAAAAAUUUCCUUUGAACUUAGUGUUAUACAGAAGGUUUUAAAUAUUUGCAUAGGCAACAAAAAAGCUGGUCUCAAUAUUGUAGAGAAUAGUGUCGUCUUUACUUGAGAAAAUCGAUUAUUCAAAAAUUUAUUCAAAUACACCUGUUUCAUGAACACAAUUUUCUUUCCGUCAACCGGUUGUACACAGGAAAGUAAGUUAAGCUAAAUCAAAGAAGGAAAUAUUCUUGAAAUAAUUUAAGUGUUCUUUGAUGGUCUUGCAAGGAAGAAUAAAAAACUGAAACCUGUGAAACUGCACAACCAAAUUCAAAUUUCUCCUGGUCAAACCCCCUCCUUGUGGGAGAUGCUGUGGUGUAACAGGCAGCAUGCUGGACUUCAGGCAAAAGGUCCAGGUCUGAAACCUGGCUGGGUCAAUGUGGUGGGUUCUUCUGAAACAUACUUUACUCUCAUUGUCUCUCUCCACCCAGGGCCAAGUUGUUCAAAUCACAAAUAAUUAAUCCUUUAAAUCCCACAAGUGAUUAGCAUGUAAUUUCUCCCUAUAAUAUCCAUACAUUAUCCAGCAAGCAGAUGACGAGAAUACGUGAACCCAUCAAUCACAAGUUGUUAUCUUAAUCUAACACCAAAUUCUCACAAAUAUUUUACUAGGGAAAUGUGUACCAGCUAGAGGGCAGAAUUAACAGUCACAUCUUGGGAGUUAAAGGUUAAUCUAACUGAGGUUCAGCCAAUAAUUUUUGAUUUAGUUCAUAACUUUGCAGACAGUUUUAAUUGUUGAUGUUUUUUCCUUCAGCUUUGUUUUACAAUGAGGUAACAGCCCUUGACAUCUGAACCCUAUAAUAUGCUUUAUUUCAAGAGACAGCUCAGCACCUGACUGCAGGAUUAAAUAUUAAAAUUACAAGAAGUUACAAGUUUACGCUUCUAAUAUUAAAGGGUAAACAUGUCAAUGAAAUCCAAACAAUCUCACCUUUGUUCAUUUGAUGUUUUUUUUCUGCCUAGAGAUAUUACAAGUAUGUACAAAGAGCCACCUCCUGGUCUUUACGUAGUAGCAGAUGAAAACGACAUCACAAAGGUUGGUGAAAAAUCAAACAGGAUAUUAGAGUCAGAAAUUUGACUGUUUUUCAGGGAAAGUGUGUGUUAUUACAAUGUUGGGAUCCAAAAACUCCAACAAGAAUAUCCAACCCAAGUGUUUUAAUCAGCAUUAUUUUGUUGAGUGAUCUGUGCCUAGAAAGAAUUCCUUUGUGGUUCAGGAUAUUAAUGAAUAAUAUUUUUAUUUAAUAUUAUUUUUUUCAGGUUCAUGCUUUGGUCAUUGGUCCUCGUGGCACACCAUAUGAGGGGGGGUUUUAUUAUUUCCUUAUCGCCUUUACCCCUGAUUACCCAAUCAAACCUCCCAAAGUACGUCUAUUGACAACAGGAAAUGGGAGAGUCAGAUUUAACCCCAAUCUGUACAAAAAUGGCUUAGUUUGUCUUAGUAUUUUAGGGUAAGCAUGUUCUUUUAACUUUUUUGUUGUUGUUGUUCUUUUGCCUUUAAAUUGUUAAUUUGUUCUGUUUGUACAAAUAGUGAUACUGGUAAUGGUUAUACAAGAAAGAAUGUAAUGGGUGAAUUUCAUGGUAGGGCAAAAAAACCAUAAUUUCAUAACUUCAGCCCAGGUUACAGAAAGAGAGACAAAGUCUACCUAACAAGGCUGACUCAUCUAUGUCAGCAAUUACCAGAGAGGUCAAAAGUCUUUCAAGAGCUAAUUUGCUCUGCAGGAAUUUUUUUUCAAAGGCUACUGGUGUUGAAAAUUCAUGCAAAUCACAUUUGACUGUCAUAUGAUUUUGAUUGCUUAUGUUGUUGUCUAAAAACUAUUUUUCUUACACAGAACAUGGCCUGGCCCUGCAUGGAGUCCUGCCCAGACCCUCUCUAGUCUACUGAUAUCAAUCCAGUCUCUUAUGAAUGAAAAACCAUAUCACAAUGAACCAGGAUAUGAAGGCAAGGUUGGUUAAAGUCCUUCAGAGUCACACUGCUUCUUAAGCCAAAUAAUUGUUUUAUUCCAGUUCUGUAUUGAUGCAAUAGUUACUGAUGGGAAGGAAUUUUGUGUGCAGCUCUCACUUUUGAAAAAAUUAUAUAAGACAAACUACCUAUAUCCAAAUUCCAAGUUAAAAAUAUUACUGCCUGGAUGGAUGAGACACUUAUCCCUGAAACAGUGCACUUAAACAUAGUGAUGCAAGGAUAGUUUGUUUAAGUUUUAGUUAAUUUUCAGGAGGCCUACAAAGAUGACAGCAAAAGAUAUAAUGAAUGCAUUCAGCAUGAAAACCUUAGAGUUGCUGUCUGUGAUAUGUUAGAAGGAAAACUAAAUUUUCCUCCAGCUCUCAGGUGUGUGCUUUUGAUCAAAUAUCAGUGAUUUCUUCUUAUUACAAUCAAUUUUAGUCGUACUUUUAUUAGGUAUUAAUAAUUACUUUUGUUGAGAAAGAAAUGGCUCACCAACCGUAGAGAAUUAUGGUGACCCCUUUACUCCCAAACUCUCACUAAUUCACUUCUUCUCAGUGUCUGCCCUGCAUUUUUUAUAAUUUUUUGCUCUAAGAAUUCAGCAUGAGAGCAAAAAAAUUGUGCCCCCAUUGACAUUCCCUUUUUUUGUCAUUAAAGGAAGGCUUAUAUUCUGUUAUACAGUGUAUUGAAUGUAGGGAAAACUACAAAUUGGCCAUUGCUGGGAGUGAAAUGGUUGAAGUUAAGGUCUCAGACUCCAUUAGAAAGCAGCCCCCUCCUGUGAAAAUAAUUGGAAAUUUUAUUUUCAAGGGGAAGAGUAAAUGGUCAAUGGUUGUGUCCUGGGGGUGUAGGAAGGCAUUUUCAACAGGGGUGUCCUAAACCAGUACCAUACUAGACCUAAGAACAUACAGGGAUGGGUUAAUUAGUUUUUCUUCCAGAAGAGGUCAUAUACACCCCCUAGAACUUGCUCCUCAUGAGCCACACCUCUGGGUCCAUCUCAAAAGCACAAGAAAAAAUGAAUUGUGUGGUUCUUCAUUGGUUUGAAAAGGUGAUGUCACCUGAAUAUUAGUAACCUGAUCAGGUGUUGGUUUGAAUGGGCUUUGAAAAUUUAAGGAAUUAAUUUUGAGGUAUAAUAUUUGAAUGGGUGAGGGUUGAGAGGUCACAGGUCUUGUAAUUUAAAAAGCAAUACAAUUUUCAAGGUUAUGCUUGUCCUGGCAAGAAAAUAACAAAACUGACACAAACUACUCAACUACCAGCAGAAAUGGGAUUGUGCAAAAGAUGUUCCAAGGGGAAUGUGGAAAGAGAAUGAAGCAUCCAGAAGGGAGGGAAGGAAAAGGGUUAUAGGUAGUCAUGCAGUCAUUCUCAUAUCACCUUGGUACAAACCCAGCAAUGCAUAUCAUACAAUUCAUUCAAACAGAAGCAGGGAAUAAAUCUUAUCUAUGAAUAUAAUUACUUUUUCAGAAAACGAAUGGAGAAGUUAUUCCUUGGGUUUUAUGACAGAUAUUCAUCAGUUGUUAAGGAAAAUAUGCUCUCUAAUGGAAAAAGGAUGAAGGUAAGUAAGUCUUUGCCCCUUUCUUCUCUCCAUGUGGUGACUGUGUUGAAGACGUCACAUGCACUUUGUUGAGGUAAGUAGUACAUGUAUAUGAUUGCUGGAAGAAAGUUAGGUUUUGCAGGGGUGGGAAGGGGGGUUGUCUGUCAUCUAAUUCACUUUCUGUUCCAUGUGAGGGUAUUCCAUUAAGAACUGCAAGAUUAUUGCAAUAGACUGUGAUAUUUUGCAACACGCUGUGCAUCAGUCAUCAUCAGAUUGAAGUCAGGUAGAGCAGUGAAAUGUUUACCCUGGUUUACACCAAGUGAAUUAUCAGUUUAUGGAUUGUGUCAGCCACCUGGUGAUGAAUGGUGCCCACUCUUAAGUAUAGUGAUGUAAAAAUUUAAUUCUGACAUAAUCAAACAUGUUGUACUUCUAAUUUAUUUCUUGUGUCCCUGGUUUAAGAAAAAAUAACAUUGACAAAAUUCAUGUGGUUCCCAUCAUGGUUUGACUUCUAGGGAGGGGGAAGGGUUCUCCCUAGAAAUAGGUUAAUGGGGAUAUGUUGCUGGUGGGGUCGUAUUUUAAUGACUGGAUGGACCAUAAUUUUCUAUAGAGCUACGAGAUUGAGGGUGCACAUUUUUGAGAUUUUGGGUGUAAGAAAAGUCAGGUAAGAAGGAAUUUAAAAAAGGGGAAGAUUUGCAGUUAAAAAGCUGUUACUAUAUUUAAUGUGUCAAGUCAUUUUUGAGAUGACGCACUUAAAAGGCUCUGGAAGUUAGAUGCAUAACCAAAAAGUGACUUAGUUGGGAACAGGAAAAUUACAUUUGCCCAAAAAAGUGACCAAGGUGGGGUCUAUGAUUGGCCACAGAAAAGACUCUAAUGGGGUAAGGGUUUAGAUUUGAUAGACCAGUGCCAUAUACCCAGCAAAGACUGACCCAAUUACCUCAACCCCCCGGUUUGAUUCUUUAGUCUUGUUGCAAAACAUUUCAGAAUGAAGGUGCAAAGAAUGAUAUUGCAUUUUUACAUACCAUGGAAUUGCAAUCUGAUACGAUAGAUACGACAUUCAUUUGCUCACAGGAUCCCUUCGGGGAGAAUGAGGGAAAGUUGGAUUAUGCGUCGAUAAAAUACAGACUAGACGCAAUUAAGAGCCGCCUUGAUGAGAAGAAGGCUAUGGGGCAUGAAUUGGAUGACUCAUCGAGUGAAGAAGAAGAACAACAACAGACAAGAGAGGAGAAUGCUCCAGAAAUAGAUGACUGGGACGCCUUUCUAUAUGACGACGACUGAUUUUAAUUCAGGAAAAGAAUUUUUUUUUUCGAUUACAUUGUUCAGGACACAAAAGGAUGUGUCAAGCCGAUGACCAUUUCAUAAGCUAUUUAUACUGUUACUGUUUUACAGGUUUCAUAAAAACGCAAGGUGAAUUAUAUUGUAAAGUAAGACACAAAAGAAUAAUUGUACGCACAUCGAGUUCCAGAUUUCUAAGCCUUACUAGUUUGUUUAACGUUAGUGUUAUACUUUCAAGAUUUCUUUAGCAAUGCGUUUUUUCGGAGAACUUUGCCACUGUUUAAAUUAACCCAACCAAAAGCUCUACUCGAGGAAUAUUAAUGUUAGAAUAUUUCUUAGCAGUUCCAGUACAUUAUCUUUGAUGAAAAGAAGGCUAAGAAGUUGUUAAUGAUGUGUUAAAAUGUAAGUGUAAGUAUUUGUUUGUAUAUAUUAUGCAUAAACGAAAGUACUGAAAAUUUUAUCGAAGCGAUGUGUAAAUAAAACAUUAUUAAAUUUGCGUACAAUGUAUGUGCGUUUAAGGUAGACGGAUGCCAUUUUGUUCAACUUCCCGAGAGUUUACAAUGGAGAUUCUGAAAAGUCUAAAUUUCGUUUUGGCUUGGUACCUUUGAGGUUACUGUCAACAAAACAGGGUGCCUUCCGGAAAAAUCGUCAUGGAAAAUUAUAAAUAAUUGUAAAAGAC